AUGGAUGACAGGUGCUACCCGGUGAUCUUCCCAGACGCGAGGAAUUUCCGCCCCUUCACUCCUGACUCUUUGGCUGCAAUCAAGAAACGGAUCGCCAUCCAAAAGGAGAAGAAAAAGUCCAAAGACCAGACAGCAGCAGAACCCCAGCCUCGACCUCAGCUUGACCUAAAGGUGUCCAGAAAGUUGCCCAUGCUCUAUGGUGACAUUCCCCAUGAGCUGAUAGGGAAGCCCCUGGAAGACCUGGACCCAUUCUACAGAAAUCAUAAGACAUUUAUGGUGUUGAACAAAAAGAGAACAAUCUACCGCUUCAGUGCCAAACGUGCCUUGUUCAUUUUGGGGCCUUUCAAUUCAAUCAGAAGUUUAGCCAUUAGAAUUUCAGUCCAUUCAUUGUUCAGCAUGUUCAUCAUCUGCACCGUCAUCAUCAACUGCGUGUUCAUGGCCAUGACUCGUGGGAAGGACAGCAUUAACGUAGAUAGUGAGAGUGCUGAGUAUGUCUUCACUGGGAUUUAUAUAUUUGAAGCAUUAGUUAAAAUAUUGGCAAGAGGUUUUAUUCUGGAUGAGUUUUCUUUCCUUCGAGAUCCGUGGAACUGGCUGGACUCCAUUGUCAUUGCAACAGCGUUUGUAUCAUAUUCACCAUAUAUCAAGGACAGCAGCAUCAGUCUGUCAUCUCUGCGUACCUUCCGAGUGUUCAGAGCUUUGAAAGCAAUUUCUGUAAUUUCAGGUCUGAAGGUCAUUGUUGGGGCCUUGCUGCGCUCUGUGAAGAGGCUUGUCGAUGUGAUGAUCCUGACUCUCUUUUGCCUCAGCAUCUUCGCCCUGGUAGGUCAGCAGCUCUUCAUGGGAAAUCUGAACCAGAAAUGUGUGAGGAAAGACUGUGACUCUGACUAUAAAGACUAUUGCUUUGAAAAGAAAGAUUCCACUGAAUUCAGAAUAUGUGGCACAUGGAUGGAGAGCGGGGCUUGUUCUGAACAAUUUGAAUGCAAACAUACCAAUAAAAAUCCUGACUAUAAUUACACGAAUUUUGACAACUUUGGCUGGUCUUUUCUUGCCGUGUUCCGGCUUAUGACCCAAGAUUCCUGGGAGAAGCUUUAUCAACAGACUUUGCGCACCUCAGGGCUCUACUCAGUCUUCUUCUUUGUGGUGGUCAUCUUCCUGGGCUCUUUCUACUUGAUUAACUUAACCCUGGCUGUUGUCACCAUGGCUUACGAGGAACAGAACAAGAAUGUAGCUGCUGAGACAGAAGCCAAGGAGAAGAUGUUCCAGGAAGCCCAGCAGCUGUUAAAGGAGGAGAAGGAGGCUCUGGUUGCCAUGGGUAUUGACAGAAGUUCACUUAAUUCCCUUGAAGCAUCAUCUUUUUCCCCGAAGAAGAGAAAACUAUUUGGUAAUAAGAAAAGAAAAUCCUUCUUUUUGAGAAAGUCUGGGAAAGACCAGGUUCCAGGAUUAGAUUCUGAUGAAGAUUCUUCAAAAAAGCCACACCUACUUGAACAAACCAAACGACUGUCCCAGAAUCUGUCAGUGGACCACAGUGAUGAGCACGGAGACCCCUUCCAAAGGCAGAGAGCACUGAGCGCUGUGAGCAUCCUCACCAUCACCAUGCACGAACAAGAAAAAUCACAGGAACCUUGCCUCCCAUGUGGGAAAAACCUGGCAUCAAAAUACCUCGUGUGGGACUGUAGCCCCCGGUGGCUGUGCAUUAAGAAGGCCCUGAGAACCAUGAUGACCGACCCCUUUACUGAGCUGGCCAUCACCAUCUGCAUCAUAAUCAACACUCUCUUCUUGGCCAUGGAGCAUUACAAAAUGGACCAGAGUUUUGAGAAUAUGUUGUACACAGGGAAUUUGGUUUUCACUGGCAUUUUCAUGGCUGAAAUGUGCCUAAAAAUCAUUGCGCUGGAUCCCUACCACUACUUUCGUCGAGGGUGGAACAUUUUUGACAGCAUUGUUGCUCUUCUGAGUUUUGCAGAGGUGAUAAUAAAUAGUAUGUGUCCAGGAAAACAAAGUUGUAUGUCAUUUCGUUCCUUAAGAGUGCUGAGGGUCUUCAAGUUAGCCAAAUCCUGGCCAACUUUAAACACACUGCUUAAGAUAAUUGGCCAUUCCGUUGGAGCCCUUGGAAACCUGACUGUGGUCUUGGCCAUUGUGGUCUUUAUUUUCUCAGUAGUUGGCAUGCAGCUUUUUGGCUCUAAAUUCAAUUGCAUAAAGAGUAAUUCAAAGUCCCUUGAUCCUGCAGUCCCAUGUUUACGACGCUGGCACAUGGGGGAUUUCUACCACUCCUUUCUGGUGGUAUUCCGCAUCCUCUGUGGGGAAUGGAUCGAAAACAUGUGGGAAUGUAUGCAAGAAGCUAACCAAGCACUGUGCAUUAUUGUGUUUCUGUUGAUCAUGGUGAUAGGAAAACUCGUGGUACUCAACCUCUUCAUUGCCUUGCUGCUCAAUUCCUUCAGCAAUGAGGAGAGAGAUGGACACUUAGAAGGAGAGGUCAGGAAAACCAAAGUCCAGUUAGCCCUGGACCGGUUCUGCCGGGCUUUUUGUUUCAUCAUAUAUACUCUUGAGCAUUUUUGUACCAAGUGGUGCAGGAGACAACAUUUACCGAAGCAAAAAGAGGUGACAGAAGGUGCUGAGGCAGAGAGCAAAGGUGUUAUUCUCCUGGUCACAGAGAUGAGAAAGGGCCCAGAGACCUGGGAGGAGUUUGGUGUACCGACUUCUGCACCAAAGACCUUGAGUGUCGGGCAUGAUCAGACUUGGUUGGCCCCACUAGCAGAAGAAGAAGAUGUUGCUGAAUCCCCUGGUGAAGAUAAGGCACAGCCUGUCACACAACCUGAGGCUGGAAAACAGGCCAGUGAACUCCAUCAGAAGACCAAGGAGCCCACCAGUCUAGGAGCUCAGAGUGUGGAAAUGGACAUAUUCUCUGAAGAUGAUCCUUAUCUGUCGAUACAGAAUCCCCGAAAGAAGUCUGAUGCUACGAGUGUGCUCUCAGAAUGUAGCACCACUGGUCCACAGGAUCCCUUUCGGUGGGUACUGGAAAUGGUUCCCAAAAAGGAACCAGAGAGAUGUUUGCCCAAAGGCCUGGAUUGCUGCUCUCCAUGCUGUACUAUGGACAAGAGAAAGUCCCCCUGGAUCAUUUGGUGGAAGCUGCGGAAAACCUGCUACCAAAUAGUGAAACACAGCUGGUUUGAGAGCUUUAUUAUCUUUGUGAUUCUGCUGAGCAGUGGGGCACUGGUAUUUGAAGAUAUUUACCUUGGUACACAACCCAAAAUCCAAGCAAUACUUAAUUGUACUGACAGUAUUUUCACAUACAUUUUUAUCUUGGAGAUGGGUUUGAAAUGGGUGGCCUUUGGAUUUAGGAAGUAUUUCACCAGUGCCUGGUGCUGGCUCGAUUUCAUCAUUGUGAUUGUCUCUGUGACCAGUCUCAUCGACUUAAAGGUCUUGAAGUCCUUCCGGAUUCUGCGAGCGCUGAGGCCUCUGCGAGCCCUGUCCCAGUUUGAAGGAAUGAAGGUGGUAGUUAACGCUCUCAUAGGUGCCAUACCUGCCAUUCUGAAUGUUUUGCUUGUCUGCCUCAUUUUCUGGCUCAUAUUUUGUAUCCUGGGAGUAAGUUUGUUUUCUGGAAAAUUUGGAAGAUGCGUUAAUGUAACAGAUGGAAACUCAGUUAUAAAUUACAACAUUGUUGCAAACCGGAGUCAAUGUGAAAGUGGAAAUUUCUCCUGGUUCACCCUGAAAGUCAACUUUGACAAUGUGGGAAUGGCUUACCUCGCGCUACUGCAAGUGGCAACAUUUAAGGGCUGGAUGGAUAUUAUGUAUGCAGCUGUUGAUUCCAGAGGGGAAGGACAACAGCCAAGGUUUGAGGAGAACUCAUUAAUGUAUGUUUACUUCGUAGUUUUUAUCAUCUUUGGCUCAUUCUUCACUCUGAAUCUCUUUAUUGGUGUUAUUAUUGACAACUUCAACCAACAGCAGAAAAAGAUAAGUGGCCAAGACAUCUUUCUGACAGAAGAACAGAAGAAAUACUAUAAUGCAAUGAAAAAAUUAGGAUCCAAAAAACCUCAAAGGCCCAUCCCAAGGCCUCUGAACAAAUGCCAGUGUCUUGUUUUUGACCUAGUUACACACCAGGUCUUUGACAUCAUCAUCAUCAUCCUCAUUUUCCUCAACAUGGUUAGCAUGAUGGCUGAAUCAUAUGGCCAGUCCAAAGCCAUGGAACUCUUCCUUGAGCGUCUCAACCUGGCCUUUGUGGUCGUCUUUACAAUUGAGUGUCUCAUCAAAAUCUUUGCUUUGAGGCAAUACUACUUCACCAGUGGCUGGAAUUUAUUUGAUUGUGUGAUCAUGGUCAUUUCUAUUGUUAGUACAAUGGUUUCUGCCUUGAAAACCCAGGCACACAUUCCUUUCCCUCCAACACUCUUCAGAAUUGUCCGCUUGGCUCGGAUUGGCCGAAUCCUGAGACUUGUUCGGGCAGCACGAGGAAUCAGAACUCUCCUUUUCGCGCUGAUGAUGUCUCUUCCCUCUCUAUUCAAUAUUGGUCUUCUACUCUUUCUGGUUAUGUUUAUUUACGCCAUUUUUGGUAUGAACUGUUUUUGCAAAGUGAAGGAAGAGUCUGGAAUUGAUGAUAUAUUCAACUUCAAAACUUUCAAAGGCAGCAUGCUCUGCCUCUUCCAGAUAACCACGUCAGCAGGCUGGGAUGCCCUCCUCAGCCCCAUGUUGCAAUCAAAAGACUCAUGUAACCCCAAGUCUGAGAACUGUCACCUCUCUGCCAUAGCCAUAACCUACUUCGUCAGUUAUAUCAUCAUCUCCUUUCUCAUCAUGGUCAACAUGUAUAUUGCUGUGAUUUUAGAAAACUUCAAUAUAGCCACUGAAGAAAGUGAGGACCCUUUGGGUGAAGACGACUUUGAAAUAUUCUACGAAGUCUGGGAAAAGUUUGACCCAGAAGCAACACAAUUUAUCAAAUAUUCUGCUCUUUCUGACUUUGCUGAUGCCCUUCCUGAGCCUCUGCGUGUGGCAAAGCCAAAUAAAUACCAAUUUUUAGUCAUGGACUUGCCCAUGGUGAGUGGAGAUCGCCUUCAUUGCCUGGAUAUUCUGUUCGCUUUCACCGCUAGGGUACUUGGUGAGUCCAGUGGCCUGGAUAGCAUGAAAGCAGUGAUGGAGGAGAAGUUCAUGGAAGCCAACCCUUUCAAGAAGUUAUAUGAACCCAUAGUCACCACCACCAAGAGGAAGGAAGAGGAAAGAUGUGCUGCUGUUAUUCAAAAGGCCUUUCGAAAGUACAUGAUGAAGACCAAGUGUACCUUGGAAGACAGGCCUCAUUCACCCCUCCAGACACUCUGCAAUGGAGACUUGUCCAGCUCUGGGGUGGCUGAGGGCAAGGUCCACUAUGACUGAGCCCCUCACCUCCACCCCUACCUCACAGCCUCAGAGCCUUGCCUCCAGCCUCUGAGCUCCAAGGGGUCCACAGCUCCGUGUGCGAACAAGCAGUGGACUCACUGAACUAGCCAUUCCAUUUUUCUUUUUCUGGCUAAAAGAAAUGGUGUUUCUGAGUUCACUUCAAAUGGUUCUUAUAGAGAUAUAAGAUAAGGCUGCCCGACUAUAACCACCAGUACUGUUUUAACAAGGAAAAAGACACUAGAAUGGGCUGUAGAGCAGGGGUCCCGAACCCCUGGGCUGCAGACCGCGCUACCAGUCCGUGGCCUGUCAGAAACUGGGCCGCACAGCAGGAGGUGAGUGGAGGGCGAGCCAGCAAGAUUUCGUCUGCCACUCCACAUCACUCGCGUUCCGCCUGAACCACCCCUCCGCAACCCAGUCUGUGGAAAUACUGUCUUCUGCAAAAUUGGUCCCUGGUGCCAGAAAGGUUGGGGACCGCUGCUGUAGGGGACACUAAUGUGAGGAUUGAAGCACAGUUCAAAUUAUAUCAAAAGAAAAUAAUAAGAAGCAGAAAACAUUAAAAUUUUAAGUUGUUUUUCCAAAUGUUCUUAAGUACAGUAUCCAAUACCUUUGUUUGAUGUUUUCCCCAAUAAAAUAUAUGGCUUAUCAAACAUAACUCUUAUGCAUGCUAAGUGAAAAUUUAAAACCUGCCAAUAAAUACUUACUGCAGAUUUUUUUUAAACCAACUUAAACUUUUGGGGUUUAUUUCAAA